AUGAUAGGGAGCAGGCUCCAGGCGCAGCUCGACGGCUAUCGGUCAUCGCACUGGUAUUGCUGGACCGAGUGGCGGGAGUGGUUCACGAUCUGGUUCAACUUCGAGGACCUGGUCACCCCGUUCAUCAACUGCUGGUACGAGCAGAUGGCCCUCCACCUCGACCCGCGCACCGGACGCUCGUUCAGCACGCCAGGAGUGAACAUUCGCUACAUCGACUAUGGCGGAGUGGAUGGCGUGACGUAUCUGGAUGACUGGCACGAGAUACCCAUGUGGAACGAAACCGUGUACCUGUUCGAGGCCCUCGGCUGGGAAGUCGGAAACAGUCUGCGUGCGGCUCCGUACGACUGGCGUUUCGGACCCGAGACCUGGGCGGCGGAGGACUGGCCUCGUCUGCGCCGCCUCAUCGAAGAGACCUACGCCCUCAACAACAACACACCCGUUGCGGCGGUGUCGCUGUCGAUGGGCGGCCCCUACUUCCUGGGCUUCUUGAACCAGCAGACGCAGGGGUGGAAGGACAAGUUCCUCCACUCGUUCAUCUCGCUCGACGGGGCCUUCGGCGGGAGCCCUUCGGCCGCCUCCGCUGGUGGUCCGCCAAGGGUCUCGGACCCGGUCGCGAUGAGAGCGCUAGUGCAGACCUGGCCGUCGAGCGUGUGGAUGCUCCCGCUGGCCGAGCUCUACGGCGAGGACUAUGUGUGGGUGACGGUUAGCGACCCGCCCAGGAACUACACAUCGGCCGACUUUGCCCAGCUGCUGGCUGAUUCCACCGGCCACAACGCCUCCCUCAUCUUCCGCCUGCUCCAAUCCCAGAGCGUGGCGUCGCACGCGUUCUUCGGGACCAACGUGACGACGCCGAUGCGGACGACGUUCGCUACAGUGGCCUUCGACACGGUUCCGCAGACCACCUACGGCAAUGGCGACGGCGUGGUGCCCGAGGCGGGCCUGCGCAUGCUGGAGCGUUGGCGCGGCAAGCAGGCCCAGCCCAUCCACAGCUACCCGAUCAAGGGCCUCUUCCAUGGGACCAGCGUGUGGAACAAGCAGGUCCUGCGCGAGGUCCUCGAGAUCAUCACCUCACCCUGA